AUGGAGCGAGCUGAAGAGCUGCCGGACCCCGAUCCCCAGGGGGGGAAAGAAGGGGAGACCCUGGGAGACCCCCUUGCAGCAGGACGUGCCGCCAGAAGAACGAAGGAAGAACCAAACCUGAAGCGAGAAAGUGGUGAGCGAGAGGGAGGGCACGGAGUCGCAGCAGCGAAACGGGAAGGAAAUGUUUUGGAGAGCCCUCGGCGGGAGGCAGCUGCUGAGAGUGAGACAGGGCCAGAAGGGGAUAAACUCAUCCCUCACGAAAGAAACCAAAAGGUCCUCAAAGAAUCCAAAGCCCAGUACAGAACCGCAACCAAGGAGAAAAAGUACACGUGCAACGAGUGUGGAAGGAGUUUUGGACAGAGCUCCAACCUUAUCGUGCAUCAGCGUAUCCACACCGGAGAGAAACCUUAUAAAUGCCAUGAAUGUGGGAAGUGCUUCAGGCAGAGCUCAAACCUCAUCGUCCACCAGAAGACUCACACGGGAGAAAAGCUCUACGAGUGCCCCAAGUGCCAGAAGUGCUUCCCAGACAGGUCGCUGCUCAUCCGGCACAAGAGGGUCCAUGUAGGAGAAAAACCUUUUAAAUGCCAACAGUGUGGGAAAAGCUUCAUUCACCAAUCGAGACUUCUUGUCCAUGAGAAGGUGCACGUAGGAGAACAACUCUACCAGUGUCCCGAGUGCGGGAAAUGCUUCAGGGACAAAUCAAAGUUCCUCCAGCAUCAGCGGCGGCACGUGGGAGAACGUCGCUACAAGUGCUACGAGUGCGGGGAGGAGUUCGGGCAGAGCUCGGACCUCAACCUCCAUCAGAGGAUCCACGUGGAGGAGAAGCUCUACCAGUGCUCCACGUGUGAGAAAUGCUUCAAGGACAGGUCCACCCUCAUCAGGCAUGAGACGGUGCACACGGGAGAGAAACCCUAUAAAUGCCACGAGUGCGGGAAGAGGUUCACCCGCAGCUCGGACAUCAUCGUCCAUCAGCGGACGCACACGGGGGAGAAACCCUUCGAGUGCUCCGAGUGCGGGAAGAGCUUCAGCCACCGGUCAAAUCUUUUCCGACACCAGAGGAUGCACACGGGGGAGAAGCCGUAUAAGUGCGAAGAGUGCGGGAAGCAAUUCGGGCAAAGCUCGGAGCUUAUCGUCCACCAGCGGACCCACACCGGGGAGAAGCCCUACCACUGCUCCGAGUGCGAGAAGUUCUUCAGGGGGAGGUCAACCCUCUUCAGGCACGAGAGGCUGCACACGGGGAUCAAGCCGUACGAAUGCAGCGAGUGCGGGAAAAGCUUCGGGCAGAGCGGGGACCUCAUUGCACAUCAGCGUUUCCAUACGGGUGAGAAGCCCUACCAGUGCUCCCAGUGCAGAAAGUUCUUCAGCAACAGAUCCAGCCUCGUGCGGCAUCAGCGGUUGCACGCGGGCGAGAAGCCCUACAAGUGCCACGAGUGCGAGAAGAGCUUCGGGCAGAGCUCGGACCUCAUCGCCCACCAGCGAACCCACACCGGGGAGAAGCCCUACCCCUGCCCGAAAUGCGGGAGAAGCUUCCAGCCCAACUCACGUUUUGGCGUGGCGGUGGGGAAGGACUCUCUUCAGUGCCCCCAGUGUGCAGAGGGUUUCAAGGAGGGGUCAAACGCCAUCGAACACCAGAGAUAA